AUGCCAGACCAAAAGCACAAAGUCGCCAUCAUCGGCUCCGGCAAUUGGGGCUCGACGAUCGGCAAGAUUGUCGCCGAAAAUACCGCCGCCCAUCCGGAUCUCUUUGAAAAAGACGUCCCCAUGUGGGUGUUCGAAGAGGACAUCGACAUCCCCAGCGACUCCAAACACCACGCCCAGCUCGGCGACGGCCCGCACAAGCUCACCCACGUCAUCAACACCGUCCACGAGAACGUCAAGUACCUCCCGGACAUCACUCUCCCGUCCAACCUCAUCGCCAGCCCGGACCUCCCGUCCACCGUCCAGGGCGCCACUCUCCUCAUCUUCAACCUCCCGCACCAAUUCCUCGCCAAGACCCUCGACCAGAUCAAGGGUCACCACCUGCCCUACGCGCGCGCCAUCUCCUGCACCAAGGGCGUCGACGUGACCGAAGGCACCGUCACGCUCUUCUCCGAGAUGAUCAUGGAGCACCUGGCCAUCUACUGCGGCGCGCUGUCGGGCGCCAACAUCGCCCCCGAAGUCGCCGCCGAGCGCUUCUGCGAAACUACCAUCGGCUACCACCCGCCGCCCAUGGACCUGGUGCAGCCCGACGGCUCGCCGCACGACACCCACAACCUCAUCCGCAUCGACGAGCAGCGCCAGGUCAAGUCGCAGCCCACGAGCGUGCGCCUGCACCACGUCCCGCAGAGCUACCCGCACGUCGACGCGCAUCUACUCACUGCGCUGUUCGAGCGCCCCUACUUCCAGGUGCACGUGGUCUCGGACGUCGCGGGCGUGGCCCUCGGCGGCGCGCUGAAGAACAUUGUUGCCCUGGCCGCGGGGUUCGUCGCCGGCAUGGGCUGGGGCGAGAACACCAAGGCCGCCGUCAUCCGCUGCGGCGUGCUGGAGAUGAUCCGUUUCGGGCGCAUGUGGUUCCCCGAGUCGGUGGACGAGCGCACCUUUACUGAGGAGAGUGCGGGGAUUGCGGAUUUGGUGGCGUCGUGCGCGGCCGGGCGGAACUAUCGGUCUGCGUGUCGGGCUGUCGAGAAGGGGGUGAGUGUCGAGGAGAUUGAGCGUAAUGAGUUGAAUGGGCAGAAGCUGCAGGGCACGUCGACGGCGCAUGCGGUGUGGGAGUUUCUGUCGAAACAUGGGAUGACGGAAAAGUUUCCGCUGUUUACGGCGAUUCAUGGGAUUCUGGAGGGAUCGGCCAAGGUGGAGGAUUUACCGGAUUUGCUGAAGCGCCAAAGAAAGAAGAUAGACUAG